AUGCAUUUUAUAUCGUUCUCUGCCACUAUCCUUGCCGCGAUCUCCUACUCCAAAGUUUUUGGAGACUUCAUAGCUUGGAGUGGGAAUGCCUGCGACGGUGAUGAAGGUCUAAACGUACCUUGCGACAACGGGUGUGAUGGCUUCGAAGGUCGCCACUCUUUCGAGGUUGUUGCGAGUGGUACACACUGUGUCACAUUUUACGAGGACGAAGGUUGCGGUGGUGAACACUUCUUUUUCUCUGGAGAAGGGAACUCGGAGUGCAUCAACGUCAACACGGGGACGUCUAUUGGGUCUUUCAGUUGUUCUCCAAACAGCGACUGUGUAGUAUCGAGGUCGACCACUAGUAACAGCACUGUGACUGGCAAUGCUAGUAUUUUGGGUCUCUGA